GUCAAGUGUCAAAUCUGAGAGAUUAAUGCAAUUUGCUAAACCAGAACCUAAGCCUGAUGCACCUUCGUCACCAAUUUUAUUACAAUUUCUUAAAUAUUGAAGAAAAAAUAUAUCAUAAAAUAGUUAAUUAGAAGGAAAAAAUGAAGAAAAAAGAUGAAAUAAUAAGAUUAAUUAAUAAGUUAAUAAUAAAAGUAAAAAAUUUGAAAAUAAAAGGACAAGCUAAAUAUAUUAACAAAGAAAGAACAAAAAAAGGCAAGCACAAUAAAAAGAAAAAGAAAAAAGAGCUUUAUU